AGAAGCGAAACUUUUCCCGUUGGACUGAUGAAUCGCUCCGUGUUAACGACGAGGUUCUCCGCCUUCGACGACAUCAAAGGACGCCAAAAUUAUCUCGAAUGACCAUUCCUAUGCGCGGGUGAAGCGACGAGAGCAGGAAAUACACCUCUUCACCUUGCUGUUAUGUUGGGGCAUAAAGAAUGUAUACAUCUACUCCUAGCGCACGGUGCCCCAGUCAAAGUAAAAAAUGCUAAUGGUUGGAGUCCCCUGGCUGAAGCCAUCAGUUAUGGAGACAGACAAACUAUCACAGUAUUAUUACGGAAGUUGAAACAGCAGUCUCGAGAACACAUGGAAGUCAGAAGACCUGACCUAGUUAGAGCACUUUCACAAAUGGGAGAUUUUUACAUGGAGCUGAAAUGGGAUUUUCAGAGUUGGGUUCCGCUUGUGUCCAGGAUGCUACCGUCCGAUAUUUGUAAAAUCCACAAAAAGGGAGCCGCAAUUCGCUUGGACACUACGCUUGUGGAUUUUAAUGAUAUGCGAUGGGAGAGAGGAGACAUCAGCUUCUUGUUUUCUGGCAGUUCCAAACCAUCACACUCACUAACUGUACUUGACAACAAACUUAAAGUAUAUCAGAAUAUUCGGCAUGAGGAAACAGAGGCAGAAAUGGAAGACGAGGUUGACAUUCUCAUGAGUUCGGAUAUUGUGGCAGCACAAAUGUCAACAAAACAGAUCACCUUUUCUAGAGCUCAGACAGGCUGGAUAUUCAGAGCAGACAAAAAAGAAAUGGUUGGCAAGUUUAAUGCUGAUUUUUAUUACCUAAAUGGGCUGACAAUAGAAUCACGGAAAAGAAGAGAACAUUUAAGUGAGGAAGAUCUGCAGAAAAACAAAGCAAUCAUGGAGAGCUUCACCAAAGGCAGUGGAACACACUCGUUUGAUGAGACUGUCAGACGAGCAUCUUUAGAACCCCCCACAAAUGAACCUGUGUCUUGGGAGACGUAUAUUGAAGCAGAAGCAGGGAAACCACCUCCACUAGGAAGAAUGCUCAUUUGCAAGGAGUCUUCAAAGUCCUUUAAAGCUACAGUAGCAAUGAGUGAAGAAUUCCCACUUACAGUUGAGAUGCUCUUGAAUGUCUUGGAAGUUAUUGCUCCCUUCAAGCACUUUGCAAAACUGAGGGAAUUUGUCCAGAUGAAACUCCCCUCAGGUUUCCCAGUCAAAAUUGAUAUCCCAAUCUUACCAACAGUCUCAGCAAAAAUCACAUUCCAAGAAUUUGCAUUUAGAGACGAUAUUCCAGAUUCCUACUUUGAAGUCCCUACAAAGUAUAGGGAAGAUCCAAAUAGGUUCCCUGAAUUAUGACGGUAUGAGGACCUAAGUCUUGUGAGUAUCUCCAGUGUGCAGGAGCCCCAGCAACUGCAUGAAUAUCGUGUCACUGGAUCAAGGAUUGGUGAAUCUUCACUAACUGGUGCAUGCGUCAG